UCCAAAGAUAUAAAUGAAAAAUAUUCUGGAGUUUUCGGCCAUUUAAAAAAUAAAAGAAGACGACUAGUGAGCCUAGAAAUGUCUCCGGCCGGUGAACUGUGGUGGCUCUGCCGCUUGGUCGACGAAUCUCUCAGCCCAUACACAGAACUACACGCGUUCGUUUCGACGAGCAAAGAGAACGAGAAAGAAAUUCUAAUCGCUUCUUCUCAGGUCCUGAGAAAAAUUCAGCUGCGUAUUCACGAAUUUGAUUCUAAUACGAACAAUGAGGAGUUGUGCAGUUCGGAGCAGCAUUGUUCCGUCCAUCAAUGUCUUCCGAACAUUGUGACUAAAAUGGUGAUUUUGUUAACUUUCAAGAGUGAAUUUGUUCAACACGUUGCUGUUAAUGCUCUCGUCUUAACUUCAAAGUUCGUGUCUACUACGGGGAACAAUUGGGAUGAAUUCAUUCAUUUGUUAUGCUGUUCCUUGGAAAUGGCUUUUGGUAGAAUGCUUUCGUGUUCAUCUCAAAAUAAUAAAUUUGAUUCUCCUGAUGUUGAUUUGGUGCUGCAAAAUGGGCUUAGGAGUUGUGAUCGGUCUACUGUGGCUGGUAUCGUUGGAGCGCUGCGUGUUAUAUGUAAACAUUUGAAGGAGGACUACGAUGACGGAGUUGUUAAAGUGUACUAUGAUUCUGUUAAUUCUUGUCUUUUGAAAAUGCCUUGGAAUUUGUUUGAUGAGUGUUGGAGUUUUGACAUUGGUAGCAUGAGUAAAAGUUUGUCAGUGAAUGAAUUGCAUCUCAAUAGUGUCGGUGUUAUGGAUCCUGGAAUUAGAUUUCUUGGGACUUUUCUCCAGCUAAUAUGCACUUUGGUUGAUCGGAAUAAUUUCGUGGAAACUGGUUGUGAUACGGCCAAAAAGCAUCCACUUUUUGUCACAGUAAUUAAUCUUAUACCUAGACUUGUAAAGUGGUGUCUUCCCAAGCAAGAAGAUAGUGCUGAGACUUGCAUCAUCCAUUACAUGAAACAUAAAUUGCUGAAUCUGAUGAUCCGGCUUGGUUCACUCAUGAAUAUGGACUGUUCAGACUAUUUUUCUUGGCUUGAAAUCCUUCAUAACUACUUUCAAGAGCUUCUGCUACAACCUUUAACUCAAUUUCAAUCUGAUCAAGGUGAUUGUCUUGAAGGCUCUCCAUUUUUAUUGAGUUUGUCUGAUGGUGAAGCAUAUGGGAUGUCUUCCAGCCACCUUCAAAGACAAGCUAUUUUUCUCUUACUGGAUUGUUCUGUCAGUUUGAUCAGUCAAAGAGGAUCAAAGGAAAACCACAAUGCUUGUUCAACUUCAAGCUCAUAUUUCACCAAUAACCCAGAUCCAGAGUUUGAUCACUCUAGCAGAAAAAAAGGCUUACUAGAGCUUUACAGGUGGAUUCAAAAACAUCUUCUGACUGAGGUCUCUAUCAAUCAUGAAAAGUACUCUGAUAUAUGUAUGAACUUCAUGUCAUCUUUUCUCCAGCUAUAUCUUUGUGAGGAUGAUCUAUUGUUUGAAGUACUUUUGCAAUUGCUUAGCAUAUCAUCUUGUCUUCAGCAACUGUCUGGAAGAAAAGAUGUUGCAUAUCAGGAUAUAAAGAGAGAUUUUCCAUUUGAUCUAUCAGACAUUUUUAAUCCCGUGUAUCUUUUCCAUCUGUUUCUUUCAGAGAUACGUUACGAUCAUCAAGUGCUUCUUGACUAUCUCAUUUCAAAAGAUACUGGAAUAAGCUGUGCUAAAUAUCUUCUAAGAUGCAUGAAUUUAAUAUGCAACUCAUGGAAAAUAUUUGUGGAAUUUCCAAAAUUUGGUGAACUUUUAAAUCAAUCAUCUUGCAAGAGAAGAAAACUUUUAGGGGAUGGUCUACAGUUUGUCGCAGAUGGAACACCUUCUUCAGUUGACAAAAAUGGAAGUACCAUAUUGGAUAUCAAGAAUUCUAAGGACGACAAUGAAUAUGACUCCAAGCAACGUAACACUGAACAAUUCAAGAAAGCUGCAGAAUGUUUACUAUCUUUGAACAAUUCAAUUGGAAAUCUUCAUCAAAAGAGCCUGUUUCCAUAUAAUCCUGAAGUGCUUCUGAGACGUCUAAGAAGAUUUCAAGAGUUAUGCUGCCAGGAAAAGGGAUUCGAUGGACAGAAAAUUGAGUAAUUACCUAAACUGCUCGAAUCUUAUGUCCCCCUGGAAUCUUGGCUAUCUUGUAAUUAUCAAUGGCGCUAUAAAACUACAUAUUUGGUGAGUAGGCCUUUCUCCUUGAGUGAUUUCAAAAUGUUAUACCAGAAAAUAUUUUGUUGUCAUGCUCAAAUGUUAAUUAUUAGUUAACUGAUUGAAUGGAACGGCUGUUGAUAACAGGUAAUGGUAGCAUUGAUGGACAGAAAGGAGAUAAAUGGAUGGUAGUGUCCAUAUAAAUUAGUGACUCCAUAUGUAUUCAGUUUUCUAUGGAUCAAUACUUAUAUGCCUCCUCUGAAGGUACCAAUCCAUUCACUCGAAACUAUUAGUCAGCAGCAUGAUAUUCCCGUUGGGAACCUUUUGUGACAUAUACUAUUAGUAAUCCAAAAAGUUCUCAUGUUCCAGGGUGAGCAAUGCUCUAAAUCGUCGGAUAUUAAUCCAAAGACCGAUCCCAACCGUCACAAAAAGUUCUCAUGAUUCAUUCCUUCAAAUUGAGAAGCUGUUGUUUUUGUCUCUGACGUCACCAACCGUUAGAAAAAUGCUGGCGCAACAAACAGCAUUCCAAUUGGCAAUAUACGAAGUGACAUUUUUAAAUGAUGUGGCACUCAUUAGUCAUAUCCUCAUAUUUAAAUAAUAAAAAUAAAAUUAAUACCAAUAAGAGAGGGACUGCAUUCAAAACCUAAUUUUAUUUAUCCCUUUUUUCUACCUUGUGAGAUCUUCCUCCACCUCCAUUGUGCAAAAAAGCAGCAGCUAUAUGAGACCGUAAUGUAUUAUUCCUAAUCCUUUAGCCCCUUGUGACAAUUCUCAUUAGCAAUAAACUUAAAUAGUCCCUACUUAUUUAAAAUAGUAGAAACCAAACUACACAUCAUCCAAACUAUUUUUUUUUUCCCACUCAAAAAGCAGUGCGAUGAGCAUAAAAGAUAGAUGCUAAAAGAUAAAUGCUCGUGUUAGAGACUGAGGACUACCAUUAGCUCAUCACUUCACAAUUGUUGUACAUUUUCAAUAAAGAUCUACAUAUUAUUAAAUAACAUUGUUUUUUAAAA